GAAAUAUUAAUUUCGUUUUCUUCCGUCGCGGAAGUUUUGAACAGCGUUUUUUCGAGUUCAAAAUUCAAAUAGUUUGCUCUUGUUUUGUCACGUGUAAACUGAAGUUUAAUUUACAGAUGAAUAACUUAAAUGAUUUUUCUAUGAAAUGGAGUUAAAAAGUUUGAUAAGAUUCAUCAAAAUCAAAGAUUAAUAUGUGGAAAGGAAAGCAAGUUGGUCGAAGACGCAGUAUUGUACGAAGAAUGAGUAGUUGGUUUCCAGUUAUUUUACCGCCGAAAAUAUAUGUUAAGGUCAAUGUAAUUAAAAAUUCUUCAGAUAAAUUGGAAAAACUUUCCUGUUUAAAUUCCUCAUUAUCAAAAUUGCAUGAUGGACUAAAUAUUAUUACAACAUUACUUGACAACAAAACUGCAGAUAAUUAUGUAUAUUGGAGGAUUAGAGAACACAGUUCAUUUUUGCCAAGCACUAACCAUCAUCAUCAAGUCCAUCCACAUUUUGAGGUUGAUGUUCCUCAUCUGUAAGAUCUUGACUAACUGGAUUCCUGCAAAAAGCAUGAUGUGCUGGUGGAAUCCAUUCCAGAAGUGACAUUAAAUCUGCAAAUUUUUGACCUUCUGUAGGAACUUGUGAAGAGUAUUUUGGUUGUAAGUUACAAAUUGAAAUUUGUGAAUGAGGGCAGUCUCAUUUCUUGAGAGUGCAUUGUGUGAAUGAUGACAAUUCAUGGUGAUAAGUGGAGCCAACUUAUAGAGUGUCUGGUACCACUGAGUCAAUCAGAAAGACAGAGGCACUUGAAAACUGGAGUUGUUUUGAAUCUGAUAUAGUUUUCUUGGGAAUCAAAUUAAUCAGUGUAUUAGAGUUUUUAAAAUCAAACAGCUGCAUCAUUGUUACUCUGAAUUUCUUUUUUGUAUUAUCAUUUAAGAUAGCAUUUGACCAGUCUUCGGUCACAUACACAGAAGAGCAGUAUCUCUGAGAAUACAACUCUAUGCGACUGAAAUCUCAGUCACAACGAAGUUGUGUAUGUCUUACAACUGGAAAGUGAUGAUAGAUCUGUAUAAACUUACCCAAAUGCACUGGUGCAAGGUAGAGAGAAAUUAGGAUUCAGUUUUAUUUUGCCCUUUGCAGUUAUCAUUGAAAACAUGAAGUUCCUGAGACUGUAUUGUUUUGUGUUAAGUAUUUCAAUAGGCAACUCACAAUUUCAAAAGAACCACAUUUAGCAAUACUUUCAUUUCACAAAAACGUGCCCAAUGUCUAUUCCACAAUUAGGUGUUCUACAGUUGUAACUCUAUAGUUCAGCAGCAGGCUCUAGGAUUAAUUUUUGAGCUGGCAAUGCUUGUUGAAGGCCAACAGUAAUAACAUGGUAGUUUUCAGGAUGGGAUUAAGCUAGUUGUAAAAGAUGCAAUUUUUCCUGGACUGCACAUGCUUUCGUUAGAUGUAAUGAAUUCAAGUUCCUUUACAAGAGCUGCUUGACUUGAUGUCUUUGCAUUGUCAAUUUUAAUGCUUGUGUAAUCAUAGAAAGAACAAGUGUCUGAUUUAGGUAUCUUAAAUCCUAUGCAAAAUUCUUCAGUGAAUAAACAUCAAAAUCUGACAGAACUUAUCUUCUCUGCUUGGUUAAUCUUACACCAGGCUAUAUAUUUUGUUUAAUACAAAGAAUUGAUUGUUUAAUCACAAUCCAAAUAUAGUGGUACCUCCGUAUACGACUGCUUUAGAAUACGUCCUGUUUGGACGAAACAAAUUUUGUUUGGUAUAUGACUUAAUUCAA